AUGACCUCCAACAGACUGCUAGUGGCGGCGCUGGACUUCGGUACGACUUUCUCUGGGUAUGCUUUCUCUACAACAGCAGAGAACAAGGAAAACCCUCUCAAAAUUCAGUCUAACCAGGCGUGGACUACUGGUGGCAGAUCUUUGCUCUCUCUCAAAACUCCAACAUGUCUUCUUCUGGACAAAGAUAAAAAAUUUGUGUCGUUUGGAUUCGAGGCUGAAGAUGUAUACUCAGAUCUACUCAUGGACAAUGUAGCUGAUGAUUACUACUUCUUCCAGAGAUUCAAGAUGAAACUGCAUGAAAAUUCCGACUUGUCCAUGUCUACAAUGAUUGAGGACGUCACUGGGAAAUCCGUCAAUGCUUUGGAGGUAUUUUCCAAGUCUAUCAGCGCCUUGAAGAACCACCUGAUGAAGACACUGGAAACCCAGAAGGCAGACAUCACACCAGAAGAAAUCCAGUGGGUCCUUACGGUCCCUGCCAUCUGGUCCGACACUGCAAAACAAUUCAUGCGAUCAGCUGCGGAACAGGCCGGAAUUCCUGGAGGUCAAUUGAAGAUAGCAUUGGAACCAGAGGCAGCCUCUCUGUACUGUCAGCACCUUCCCCUCGACAAACUUACCGGAGCUGAGACAGGCUUCUCCGUCACCAAAACGGGCACCAGGUACAUGGUGAUCGACGUAGGAGGUGGAACUGUCGACAUCACUGUGCACGAGAAACUUGACGGAGGUAAGCUUAAGGAAUUAUACAAGGCUAGUGGAGGAGCUUGUGGUGGUACAGCUGUAGACAGCAAAUUCAUCCAUUCGGCGUUCAUCAAAGUGGUAGGGAAACCCGUCAUGACAGAGCUAGCGGAACAAUAUCCGGGUAGCUACUUGGAUUUAUACAGAGAGUUCGAGACUGUUAAAAGGACCGUUACUCCCGUCAGAGAGGGCAAGGUCAAUUUAACUAUUCCUAUUGUGGCCAUCAACAAAGUGAUGGACGAUAUGGGGGAGUCCUUCAAGGAUGCCCUCAUGUCUAGCCCAGUAGCGGGAAAAAUUGCACUUCUUGGUGACAAACUUCGGAUCGACGCGGAAAUGAUGAAAGAAAUCAUUUUUGGAGAGGUCUUAAAAGAUAUUGUCAAUCACGUGCGAGAUAUUCUCAAAAGGCCGGAAACAAACGGCGUUACCAUUCUACUCCUUGUUGGUGGUUUCUCAGAAUCUCCAAUGGUCCAAGAUGCAAUCCGUAAGGCGUUUCCAAACAAGCGAGUCGUUAUUCCAAACGAGCCUGGUUUGUCUGUAUUGAAAGGUGCAGUACUAUUCGGACACAAGCCAGAAACGAUCGCUUCACGAAUAAUGCGUUACUCAUAUGGGGUUGAUACAAUGCCGUCCUUUGAUAUAACAAAACACAGAAAUGACAAAAAAGUCACAAUUGCCGGUGAAGACCAUUGCUUAAAUGUGUUUAGUGAGUUCAUGGCUGCGGGAACAUCUGUCCCGGUUGGUCACACGGAAUUAGCAGCGUACACAACCACAACACCAUUUCAAUCUGCGAUGAAAUUAAAGAUAUAUUGCUCGACAGAAAAAUCGCCAAAUUACACAGAUGACGACUGUUGCACUAUGAUGGGUCGUAUGGACAUCACGGUACCAAACCCAACCGCCGAAGAACGCAACUUAAUUGUAAUGUAUAGCUUCGGCGACACGGAACUUAAAGUUACUGCGAUGGAAGCCAAGUCGAAAGAGCCUUGCGUGGCAGAUUUCAACCUUUUGAAAUGA